AUGCAUUUCUCCAACAUUGUUCUCGUAGCACUGGGCGCGGCUGGCUUUGCCGCUGCUGCUCCGGUUGCAGCUCCCGAGGCCGGUGCACUGCCUCAGGUAUAUGGGGACCAUAAACUCAAGAUGAAGGAAGACGACUUCAAGAAGGCCAAACGCGACGCUGAUGCGGCCCUGCCACAAGUCUAUGGGGCUCAUCAACUCAAAAUGAAGGAGGAUGACUUCAAAAAGACCAAGAGGGAGCCUGAUACCGAGCUUCCCCAAGUCUAUGGAGCUCAUCAGCUCAAGAUGAAGGAAGAUGAUUUCAAGAAGGCCAAGCGGGAUUCGGAGAGCGCCCUGCCCCAAGUGUAUGGGGCUCACCUUCUCAAGAUGAAGGAGGAUGACUUUUAG